AUGAGUACAGACUGGGACAAGUUCAAGGUCACGGAACUGAAGGAGGAAUGUAAAAGUCGCAAGAUUUCGAUCACAGGCCUCAAACUUAAGCAACAAUUCGUUGAAAAAUUAGUCGAACACGAGGAGGAGAACUCGGAAGCUCAACCGAACGAGCACGACCAGCCACAAGACGGCGACGUAGACCCUAACACAACAACACAAACUCAACCUGAACAACCUACAAAUGGAGAGGGCGACACUGUCGAAGAGAGGACGAAUGGAGCAAUUGGGGAGCUGAGUAGGAAUGGGUCUAGGUCCGCGACGCCAGCUACGGAAGUCCAGGAUGAACAAGACAAUGUCCAGGUGCAGCGAUCGAUAUCGACAGGUGAACAGACCGAUCAGGCAGAGCAAGCAGGGAACGAUGUGCCUGCUACAGAAGACGUUGUGAUGACAGCCGAAGUGGACGAGAACUUGCCGCGAGACCGACCCGCCGCGUUGCAGGCUGAGGAUGCUCAAGCUAUCGAAGCCGAAUCCGAGGCCCAGCCCGACGAUAAUUUGCCCGUCGCAGAGACGGAGAAGGAGGCAGAAGAAAUCAAAAAGCAUAGUGUCUUUGUGCCACAGAAUGAGCAGCUGCAGACAGCAGAAGAAGAUGACACGAACAAUGUCCAGCCGCUGAAGAAAUCACAACACAGUGCAGACCACAAAGACGAGCAAUCAAUAUUACAACCCUCAUCAGAGGCCAAGACCACAGAGAUUGUUGACAGCAAGAUGUUGGAGAACGAGCCUUCCCUGUCAAGCUCUUCCCAGGCAGAAGAGUCUCGAAAGCGUAAGAGAAGGAGUCUGACACCACCACCCAAUCCUGAAGAGGUUGCGAAGAAAGUGAAGCUAAGUGAUGGAGAAGCUGUUCCAACAAGACGAGCCUCAAGAUCCCCCUCCUCUACACCACAAUCCUCAAAGAUCAGGUCUUCCGAUACUCGAAACGAAAUGGGGAAAACUUCUUCGGCGGAUGCGCAAGAGGCAGAAACAGAGGUACACUCGCGAGGUCGAGAGGGAUCACCAUUAAUUGAUGAGGAUAGCACAGUCCAGCCAGCAAUGCAUCUUGCUACCCGAUCACUAUACAUGAAGAACUUCAAACGCCCCUACCCAAUUGCUGAUUUGAAACCACAUAUCGAGGAGAUUGCUCGUGGCUCGCCAAACUCCACGUCGACUGAGAGUCCAAUUCAGCUCUUCCACCUUAAUAAUCUCAGAUCUCAAACCUUUGUUAGAUUCUCCAGCAUCUCCGUAGCCAGUCGAGUCAGAUCAGUGAUGCACGGAAAGAAAUUUCCCGAUGAUGACCAUCCUAGGGAGCCCAUCUGGGUCGACUUUGUGCCAGACGAGAAAGUCGAGCAGUGGAUUGAGAUGGAAACGGGUGGAAGUCGCGAACGAGGAAGGAACAGCAGUAUUAAAAUGGAAGUUGUGUACAAUCGAAAUGAAGAUGGCAGUGUCGAGGCUGUGUUUGAGGGAACAAACUCACACACGAGCUUUAGCCAGAAUAGUGGUAAGAAGGAGUCGAUCAACCAAAGACAAGCAUCGUAUUCGACUGCUUCGCCACGUUCGUCAGCUGUUGCAUCUGGCAUACAUCCUGACCGAGCCGCAAUGGUACCUCGAUCACCUGACGACCAUCGACGGGCCUCAAUGCGAGAACCUCUAUCACCGCAUGGAGCACGAAAACCCUCAGAUAGGGGAAUCGGAUUUGCUGGAUUGGACGACAUCUUUAGCUCUACGACUACAAAACCUAAGCUAUACUACAAGCUUCCUUCUCCGAAGGUUGUUGACGCGCGACUCGACAGGUUUGCAGACUUAUAUAGCGACAGAGGUGUCUCAGGAGCUCCAGGUAUGAAGCGAUAUACUUUCGAGAAAGCUGGCGAGAAGGAAAUAUGGGUAGACAAUGGGCCAGAAUUUGGGCACGGUAAACGUGGUCAGGAUCGGCUGCUAGGUGUUAGUGGACGUGGUAGAGGUGGAUAUAGAGGUGGUAGGGGUGCUCCCAGAGGCGGUUUCGCUGGAAGGGAGAGAGACGUGUAUAGAGGUGAAGGAAGAAGGUAG